GGGGUGUUCGCGGGUGGCAGUUACCGGGGCCGGGCGCUGCCGGGCAGAGCGGCGGGAAACGGAGAUUAGAAGAGCGGAGCUGGUUACUGGGCCGUGCUGGUUAGGGGAGCGGAGCUGGACCGGGCAGUGGGGCUGAGGACUGGAGUGGUGCAAGCAGAGGACUCUGGGGACCAGCGUGAACAUGUCUCGCCCAGAAUCUCGAUAUUCCUUCGAUGUCCCGUGCAAUUACGUCAACUUUGCAACUCUGAGCAACGAUGAUGUCUGCAAUGCAGACUCCUGGUUUGACCAAAAAGCCAAUGUGGAGAAUGUCUCUCCCACAGAAAAUCUGUCAACGGUCUGGCAGAACAACCCUGCUUUUUCGAAGUCUGAUAUUAUCCAGCCUUCUGCCACAUCACAAGGAAUAACAAUGAGUGAAAGCCAUGGUGAAGAGACCAGUGAAGCAGAAUGCAUGGAGACUGAUGUGGUGCCUCAGAAUACUGGAUCCCUGACAAACCAGAGAGCUGCUGCUUCUGCAGAAGCCUCCCAAAGAGCCAGCAGAAGACAGGCUACAAGGCAGAGAACACAGCAACGCAAACAGCCGUCAAGAGUCAAAGUGGACAAAAGCGCUAAUGCCUUAGAUAAUAAGGAUGAGGUUCCACCACUGAAAAAAAUGAGAAUUUCUAGCAGCAGAGAGAAGCUGACAGAAAUGAGAGAGCCCCUGCAGAAUCCUGACCUCUCCCCAGGGAGAGUGAAGAGUAAGCUGACCGUGCCUUCCACGCCAACGAUGUUAAAGAGGACCAAUCUCACUGGUGUGCUGAAGAGCACAGAGGAACAGGAGCUGGAGAAGAUACAGCAGUUGCAGCGGGAAGUGAUGGAGCUUCGAAAGAAGAACGAGGAGUCUCUGAAAGCAGCUAUUGCUGGAACAGGACAAACUGUGAAGAGAACUGUUGGUCAAGUAACAAAGCCAGUUGCCUUCCAUUUCUGCACUGACGACAGAAUUAAACAAUCUGUGGAAAGUCAGCCUGGGAAGGAGUAUAAAGAACAGGAUUUUGCAGCAGUAUUGAGGAAGCAUCCUCCUUCUCCGGGGCGAAUGCCAAAGGGACCCACUGUCCCCAAACCUUUCAAUCUGUCCCAAGGAAACAAAAGAAAACUUGAAGAAACAGCAUCAGAAUACGUGUCCCUUGCUGAGCAGGUAGAAGCAUUCCAAAAACGCACACCCUCUCGUUACCAUUUGAGGAGCAGGAAAUCUGAUGAAGGACCUGUUCCAACGAAGUUGGUGAGGCUUGCACGUACAAACCCUAAAUCGCCAAUGCUUCUAACUAAGCAGCGCCUCAGACCUGCCACUUGCAAAUCUACAGCUGACUUAGAAGCAGAGGAGGUGGAGAAAAUCCAACAGUACAAAUUCAAAGCGCGAGAGCUGAAUCCUCGCAUCUUUGAGGGUGGGCCACUGCUACCGAAGAAAGCCCCAGCCAAAGAGCUCACACAACCCAUUGGCUUUGAGUUGGAAAUAGAAAAAAGGAUUCAAGAGCGUGAGAGUAAGAAGCAGCAGGAGGAAGAGCACUUCGAAUUCCGCUCCAGGCCAUGUCCAACAAAAAUCCUGGAGAACAUUGUGGGUGUUCCGGACAAGAAAGAGCUUCCUGUUACAGUCCCAAAGUCUCCAGUCUUCACCUUAAAACCCAGGUCACGAACGCCUGGCAGAGAUGAAGAAAAGGAAAACGAGGUGAUCCCUGUCAUCAAAGCCAACCCUGUGCCUCAUUAUGGAGUGCCCUUCAAACCAAAAAGGUCGGACCAGAGACAUGUGGAAGUGUGCCCCUUCUCGUUUGAUGCCCGUGACAGAGAGCGGCAAAUACAAAAAGAGAGAAAAAUAGAGGAAUUGCGGAAGGAAGAGAUGCCCAAGUUCAAGGCUCUACCUCUGCCUUACUUUGACCAAGUUAAGCUACCAGAAAAGAAGGUAAAAAACCCAACUCAGCCCGAACCAUUCCAUCUGCAGAUUGAUGAACGAGGAGCUGCCAAGCUACAGAGCUGGAAACAGCAGCUUAAAGAAGACAUGAAAAGGCAGAAAGAGGCAGCAUGCUUUAAAGCCCGUCCCAACACAGUGGUGUACCAGGAGCCCUUUGUGCCUAAAAAGGAAAGCAAGCUGUUAUCAGAGAGCCUUUCUGGUUCUGUAGUUCCUGAAAGCUUUGAGCUGGCAACAGAAAAAAGAGCUAAAGAGCGGCAAGAGUUUGAGAAGCGACUGGCAAAUAUAGAAGCCUUGAGGGAGAGGCGGCAAGAGCAAGUCAGACAGCAACAAGAGGAACAAGAGAGGGAAGAAGUUGCAAAGCUGAGACAAGAACAGGUUCACAAGGCAAACCCAAUACGCAAAUACCGUGGUGUAGAAGUGAAGCCCAGUGAUCAGCCACUGACUGCGCCCAAGUCUCCCAAGUUCUCAGACAGAUUCCAGCGUUGACAGGCAUCCACGUGAUAGCAGGGGGGAGAUCCUAUCCCUCUCCGCUCUUUUGACAGGCAGGGAGGGAACAGUUGUUUUUACGUGACUGCUCAGUCUCAGUUCCCACACUUGGUUCCUUUAUUUUUACAAUGAGUAGUUUAACUCCGCCUGAGGCAGAGGGCUGAGCCAUGACAUGCAAGGUGGGGCCAUGGGGCCUCACUUCAGUUUUAGGCAUCUUAGUCUUUAAAGACCAAACAAAGUUUUGAUAUUGUAUACAAAUAUUGUGUUCCCCAACUAAAUAAAGCUUCCUAAUUUCAUUGUUGUCUCGUGCUAGUAGGCUAAACCCCUUUGCUGCAGAAAAGUUUCUGGCAAAGGUUAUCUGUAGGAUAUUCAAGGAUGUGUGCAUCUGGAGGAGAUGCAUUUAAGUAUUGGCUCCAAGUGUCUGUUUCUUAGGCUUUUUGUAUGUAUUAACUUGAACUGUAUAGUGAUGUGGCUUCUGCAAGCCAGUGUACUGCAGGUUUCCUUUCUUGUUGAUGUUUAGAUGAGCGCUAAUAUGAACCUUGCCCACACUUUAAAAUAGUUCCCUGUGUAUGUUUGAGCAUUAAACCUGCUGCUGUUUUACAGCUGAAGUCAUUCUAUUUGGGGAACCACUGAACUGGCAAAUGACUUGCUCUAAGCUGCCCCCUGGCUCCUGCCAGCGCAGGUCUCCUGGCUCAAGACACAUCAUCCAUCUCCUAGCCAGUCCAGUGUGGCUGGCAGAGCUAAACAUAGACCGGGUGCUUGGAUGUGCUGGAGGACAAAGCAUCCAGCACUGUCAAGAGGCGAUUAAAUUCAGAUUAAAGCUUGCUAAGAAUGAAUUCUGAGCAUUGUGGUGUGAGUUUGCUCAGGGAAGAGAAGGCUCAGGGGAGACCUUAGAACAGCUUCUAGUAC